CGAGGGGAAGAGUAUUGAGGCGGACCGGAAGUGUGCGGAGUCACAUUGAAGCGGUGCAUUCAGUUCUCCGUUUAAGGAGAACUCACAUGAUACACAUGAGAGUGCACCAGCAAUAGGACCUAGUCAUGUUUGUCUCAAGGUUAAUCCCACGACUGAAUGUGUUCUUCAGAUUGUCUGGUUCACAUCAGUACCAGUGCAAGUAUGUACACAAUGCAGUGCAACACUGCCGUUAUGCCAACUUUAUUACAAAACAUACACAAAGAUACUCCACAUCAGCCACUGACAACAAGCAGCCCCCGAAACUAUGGACAGUGCUCGAGCCGGAGUUAGAGGAGUUCCUCAUUCCCCGAAAACUCUCUGUUACGCCUUUAGAGAGCUGGCUUUCUCUGCGGUAUUCGCUACCUCCGCUUCUCGAGGCUCCUGUCCCUUUGGAGGAAGGCGAGCUGAUAGAGGAGGCUGUGGUGUUGCCUCCCUCGGCUGUGCCUGUACUGGAGGAUGGCGAGAGCUCCACACCGCUGAGCUGUAAAAACGUGCUGGAGAUCCGGCGAAGGAAGAUGAACAGACACAAAUACAAGAAGCUGCUGAAACGAACCAAGUUCCUGAGGAGGCGGAUCAAGGAGCGCAGACAGAAAAGAAAGCAGUCUAGAUUUGAGAAGGAUCUUGAGCGAAUCUGGAGGCGAGCGGGACUGAAAAAAGCCCCUGAGGGAUGGGCCACACCUAAAAUCUACGUCAGACAUCAAGUAAAGCGCCGCUGAUUGUCUGCCGAAUGAAACUCUACUGUGUAAAAUAAUAUAUUUGUUUAGGAUUGGUGUUGCUUUUUAGAUCAUUAACUUGCCAUUGCUACAUCUCGGUGGAAACCUGUGACUAUCCUUCUCAUAUAUAAUACUGUAACAGAAAUAAACAACUUUUACCACCUCAA